CUUUGAUGAUGCGGUGGAAGAACGUGUGAUCAAUGAAGAGUAUAAAAUAUGGAAAAAGAAUACUCCCUUCCUCUAUGACUUGGUAAUGACCCAUGCACUGGAGUGGCCCAGCUUGACUGCUCAGUGGCUUCCUGAUGUGACAAGACCGGAAGGCAAAGAUUUCAGUAUUCACCGCUUAGUCCUGGGCACGCAUACGUCAGAUGAACAGAACCACCUGGUGAUAGCUAGCGUGCAGCUGCCCAACGAUGACGCGCAGUUCGAUGCUUCGCACUAUGACAGUGAGAAAGGAGAGUUUGGAGGCUUUGGGUCAGUUAGUGGGAAAAUUGAAAUUGAAAUCAAGAUCAAUCACGAGGGAGAAGUGAACAGAGCACGUUACAUGCCGCAGAACCCCUGCAUCAUUGCCACGAAGACUCCCUCCAGCGAUGUCCUUGUCUUUGACUACACCAAACACCCUUCUAAACCAGACCCUUCUGGGGAGUGUAACCCUGACCUGCGCCUCCGUGGACACCAGAAGGAAGGCUAUGGGCUGUCAUGGAACCCCAACCUGAGCGGGCAUCUGCUUAGUGCUUCUGACGAUCACACCAUUUGCUUGUGGGAUAUUAGUGCUGUUCCAAAAGAAGGCAAAGUAGUGGAUGCAAAGACCAUCUUCACAGGGCACACGGCGGUUGUGGAAGACGUGUCUUGGCACCUGCUCCAUGAGUCUCUGUUUGGAUCCGUUGCUGAUGAUCAGAAGCUCAUGAUCUGGGACACGCGGUCGAACAACACCUCCAAACCCAGUCACUCGGUGGACGCUCACACGGCCGAGGUCAACUGCCUCUCCUUCAAUCCCUACAGUGAGUUUAUCCUGGCCACGGGAUCCGCUGAUAAGACCGUUGCUCUCUGGGACUUGAGGAACCUAAAGCUGAAGUUGCACUCCUUUGAAUCACACAAAGAUGAAAUCUUUCAGGUGCAGUGGUCUCCCCACAAUGAAACCAUCCUGGCCUCCAGCGGCACCGACCGCAGGCUAAAUGUCUGGGACUUGAGUAAAAUCGGGGAAGAGCAAUCCCCCGAAGAUGCUGAGGAUGGACCCCCAGAGCUGUUGUUUAUUCACGGGGGUCACACGGCGAAGAUCUCAGAUUUUUCCUGGAAUCCGAACGAGCCCUGGGUGAUCUGUUCUGUAUCAGAGGAUAACAUCAUGCAAGUCUGGCAAAUGGCGGAGAACAUCUACAAUGACGAAGACCCUGAGGGGAGCGUGGAUCCGGAAGGCCAAGGAUCCUAG